UGUUAAUUUAUUGUUUAUAUACUGUGGGUUUAUUUAAUUUUUUUGUUGGAAGGAAUGUCCAAAAAAGCUUAUAGUUUUCAGUGCUUUUUUGGAAUUAGUCAUUUUCAAUUCACUGAAACAUUUACAGUUACAUUUUUAUUUUAAAGUUUUGAUAUGUUGUAGUUGAGGUUUUUCAUUGUUAGAUGGUAGUUUAAAAUAUCUUCAUCGUUAUCCUAUUUUUUAAGUACUGUGAAAUAGUUCAAAUGAAAAUGAGCAAGCACAUGUACUCCACUGUGAAUCUUACUGACAAGGAAUUAAAGGAGCAAGGAAAUCGCCUCUACAAUUUUAAAAAGUAUGAAGAAGCGAUAGGUUGUUAUAGCAAGGCUAUAAUCAAAAACCCAGAUGUUGCACAUUACUUCACUAAUAGGGCCUUAUGUUAUCUGAAACUUUUAAGGUGGGAACAAGCCUGUACAGACUGUAAAAGAGCUUUGGACAUGGACCCCAAUUUGGUAAAGGGGCACAUUUUCUUAGGGCAAGCGUUGUUAGAAUUGGAAUGUUAUGAUGAAUCAAUAAAACACUUGCAAAGAGCUGUCGACUUAGCAAAAGAGCAAAAGCUUAACUUUGGCGAUGACAUCGCGGCCCAAUUACGAUCAGCAAGGAAAAAACGUUUCUCAAUGCAAGAAGAAAAACGUAUAGCUCAAGAAAUAGAGCUACAAACUUAUCUCAACGGGUUAAUUGAAGAUGACAGGCAUAGAAAAAUUGAAAAAAUAAAAAUGAUUGAUGGAAACAGUAACCUGAGCAAUGAAAAGAUUUUAGAGAUUGAGGACAAAUGUGAUUCUUAUAUCAGCGAACUGAACUCGCUGUUUCAAAAAGUCGACGAACGACGUAGGAAACGAGAAGUUCCCGAUUAUCUGUGCGGCAAAAUAAGCUUCGAGAUUUUGCAGGAGCCGGUGAUCACUCCCAGCGGCAUAACCUACGAUAAAAAGGAUUUGGAGGAACAUUUACAGCGCGUCGGCCAUUUCGACCCCGUAACGAGGGUGAAACUGACGCAGGACCAGCUGAUCCCCAACUUUGCGAUGAAGGAAGUCGUGGACUCUUUUCUGUCGGAAAACGAGUGGGCGAUAGAUUAUUAAAUUUAAAACAAAAAUCGCAAACGAAAAGGAUCGCGGAAACUGUUUUUGUACGGGGUGUUUCAAAAUUCAACGCAAAAAUUAUAAGGGCGUAUUUGCCGGCACAAAAUAAGUCUUUUCGUGGCACUUUAUAGAAAAAAAAAUGAAAAAAUUUUUCGUAAGCUCUAUAUUUUGUAUAAUUACAAUAGAAUUAUUCAUUGCAGUGGCGUCCGAGAGGUUGGCCCAGUUGAUGGUUAUGGGUGAAGGCGUGGAGUGUCUUUUUAUCAUGUGUCAAAAAUAAAGAUUUUUUGUCUUUUUACUUUCCCGAAAAAAAUUGAAAAUUGGCAUUUUCCUUUACGCGCUUGGACUAAACUACUAAUAUGCGUCAAAAGAACCGCGCACUAUAUAAAUACAUGUCUUCACCUCAAUUUUAUGCAAACUUAGUAAUUGAUGAAUUUCGUAUUGAGGUCAUCUUUCAGGUUAAUAGUUUACAUGUGUCUUAUUGUCGCAUCAAAAUCUGGCAUAUUAUCUUUUGACCGCUUGAAUAUAUUAUUAACAUCUUCUCUCAACAUACAAUCGUUUUCUAUCGCUAUUCUUCUGUAUAUUGUCACGUUGCCCGCAACAGAAACGAUGGUGGGCAUAGAGUUAAUCCCUGCGACACACCGGAAGUGAAGCAGUCCUUGGAUAAGGAAAAUUAACUUUAAAUAUAGUAUUCUUAUUUAUAUUAUUUCUUUCUUGCAUUAUGGUCUGUAACAAAUAUUAUUUGUCGUUUCUCAGGUCGCGUGGUAAUGGUAGUUAGAAGCUUUGAAGUUAAAGUUUCUAAUCCGUAUAGUAACACCGACUAAACAUAAAGCUUCACGAACCUCGAAUCUAAUUAGUAGCUGUGUGUAAGCCAGCUCUGAAGAAGUCAGCGAAACACCCUCCAUAAUAUGUUAUCCUAUGAUUUUGAUAGUCAACUGACCAAAACAUGUACAUGGACUUACGCUAUGCUUUUUAAUAGAAUGACAAUGGAGAAUAAUAUAGCUGUAAUGUUUCCCUGGAAUCUUGGUAUCUUUUGUGUAUUUUUCUUUUUUUCACCUUAGUUGUUUUAUGUUUGUUGUUCUUAUCUUUUUGGCUGGUGUUAAUGCACUUUGUUUACGAGAUAACGGUAUUUUUGGGAAAGGAGACACUUCUAGCAAAAAUUUUGAAUUUCUGGAACUCCGCAGUCGUUUCAGUUACUACUUCUUUGAACAGCACUAGCAGAGGUUGUGGAGGGUAAUUAUAAGUCGUGGCUGAGGCUUUGCCAACUUGAUAUGACUUGAGAUUUCUGUUAGCUUGUGACUCAUCUAUUAUUGCGUCUCCUGGUUAAAAUAAAUGGCUUGAAAAAGCCUCGGUCUCUGUUUCACAUUUUGAGAAACGUUUUGGAAGUUUAUUUGUUCCUUUCCCGAGCACGUUACAGUGUUACAAUUCGGAGUUUAAUUCCAAAAAUGAUGAGAGCCAAAAAUAAACUGCUAUGCGACCAUUGUUUGAAACUUUGUGUUUCAAUUUUAGUUUCUCAGCAAAGUCGUGUUUCAGUGUAACUGUGUUUCUAUCGCUGUUGUUAAUCCCUUGCUGUGAGCAACUAACCGUUUUUUCAUUCGUAUACCCUAGGACACCUGUAAAAAUAAUUGAAGCGUCGAAAUGCCAAAGCGAGUAUGUGCCAAAAUUACAUUUUUGAGACAAUCAAGAUAAACUAUUUAAAUUUACAAUAGUUAUAAUUGCCGGUGUUCGUAAAAAUAAGGCAAAUGCCGGUUAGGAAAGAAACAUAAUAUUUAUUAACUACCGCAACAUUAGUAAACAAAAAAAAUCAUACAAAAAACUCUAAAGUUAAUUUGCAAAUAUUUUAUAUGGCUUAACAUUGAAAAUAAAAAUAGAUUUCUUUUUAUUAUCGGAUAUGUUGUUAAUGGGAUUCCACUUCUUAAGUUGUGCUCUGCCUAAGCUUUCCAAAGUUUGACCCUUUUUUAAAGCAGUGGUUUUUGUCCAUGUCUGUGCUUCAGAAUAAGCGUUUUUCGAAUAUACGACACCGGGCUUAUUUUUCUCUAGUCUUACAACAACAGCUGUACCCAUUUUAAGACUUGUAUUAGAAUAAGUAUUAGCUGAUUCCUUAAUAUCCCACAAACGAGUUUUAAACAUAUCGACAACUUUGAAAGGUGGAAUAUAUUUCGCUGAUUCGAUUACCUCACUGAAUUCAUUAGGGGCAAUAACUUUCAUUAUUCUUUUUAUUUUCUCUAUAAGAGCAAAAUCGCGGUCAUGUGAAUGUACAAUGGACUUAAAUAAACUACCAAGAAUAUCAAAACAAAAAGAAUAACUUUAUUUUUGUUUUAACCUGCCUAGUUAUCAGACCACAUAAUUAAUAAGAUGAAACAUGCCCGAGUAGGUACAAACAAAACUUUGCUCUCUGCUCUGCUCUCGAUGUUUUGACACAUAUUUAAAAUUUGUCAUAAGAGUUGUUGGGCUUGCUCGGUUUUGCGGUGGUGAAGUUUAAGUUUCAUUUCAGCAGAACCACUGGACUCUAUAUUUCACAGUUCAGUUUAUCGCACAAAUUACAAGUAUCCACUCUUGGCAGAUGCAAUUUAAGAUUUGGGAAUUCUCGUUUGAAUGUUGUAUUAUAAGUAACCUCAGUGUUUGGGUAAACUUUUUUAAAGGCUUCGAACAACCGAUUAAUAUUUAAGUCCGGGCUUAAAUACUGCUUAGUCGACUUGAUUCUACCAUAGUGACUUUCCUGUCGCGGAAGUGAAUCAACAUGUUGUUUAGUACAUUCUUUAUCAAAGGCAGAUAAUUUUACGCUUGAGUGUAACAGGUAACAUGGAACAAGUACAUCUAACUUUUUGUAGGACACAGAAAACGUUCCGGCAAAAAUAUUCUUAUAUACAGGAACAAAUUCAUGAUUAACAUCAAGUAUUGUAUAGCUGACUGUUUGCCUUUUACCAUCCUUUGGAACCUCGUAGGAGCGGACUUGUCGCUUUUCGUAGCUUAUACUUUUGCACUGUAACUGGUAUUUGUAUGAAAGCUAUAAAAAGAAGCUUACGUUGGUCAGGAUCUUACAAAAUUACGUCACUUGUGUACUAACCU